CCCUCGUGCCGGCGUCGACCGGACAGAACAGAACAGAACACCACCGCCUCACGCCUCGCCGCCAAGGCGGAAGCCACGCCGCGCCGCGUCGCCUCGCCCGCCGCCGCAGUGGCACCCUGCAGCUGCAGGUCUACUAUUCCACGGCCGCGCGUUCCGGUCAGACCUGCGGCCGACGCAUCCCCUCCAGGCCAGCCUCCUCCCGGCCGCCCGCCGCGAAGCUCCUGUUCCACGGCGAUGCCUCGGAAGUCGUCCAGGGGCAGAGGUCCAAGGUCCGGCCCGAAUUCGAAAUCUGCCUCCCGAAACCCUACCUCCGUCUCGGGGUCCGAGAUCCCCCACGGCGGCGGCGGCGCGGCUCCGGCUGUCACCGAGGGCGGCGCGGCCGCCACGGCCGAGGCCCUAGAUCGCCUCGGCGUCUCCGCCGGCGCCGAGGUUGCCCCCGUAGAGAUGCCGCCGCUGGAAGCCGCCUCGUCGUCUGGGAGGGAUGAGGUGUGUGGGAGCCUUGAGGAGGAGGCUGUGAGGAAGCUGCAGGAGCUGGUGGGGUUGGGUGGGGAGGAGGUGGAGCUGACCGAGGAUGAGGCGGCUGCGAACGAUCAGAGGCAGGAGGAUGAGAUCUUUGCCUUGGAGGCCAUUUUUGGAGACAAUAUAGUUAUUUUCAAUAAGAAGGAAGGCCAGCGGUCUUUCCAGGUUCAUGUACAUAUUGAGAUCCCAGAUGGUAUCGAUGUAUCAGCAAGGCUCAAUUAUGGUUCUGGAUCAUUGAAAUAUGGAGCAGGUCAUGAUGCUGAUGCCUCUGAUAAUCUUGUUUACAAGUUUAGAGUUGAGCACUUGCCGCCAAUACUGCUAACAUGCCUUCUACCUUCAUCAUACCCUAGCCACCAGCCUCCUCUUUUCACUAUCUUUGCGGAGUGGAUGAAUAAAAUGAUGAUUUCAUCACUAUGCCAAAUGCUGGACACAGUUUGGGAGGAGCAAAGGGGCAUGGAAGUAACAUAUCAGUGGGUCCAAUGGCUCCAAAUCUCUUCCCUUUCUCACUUAGGGUUUGCUAAUGAGAUACUUUUAAGCAGUGAUUCAGCGUGUGAUCGUGAUCAUGGAGAUAAGCGUGCUCUUUCACAUAAUGCUUUACCUGAUGUUAUAAUUCCUAGGAUGAUGAGAUGCAAUGAUGAUAAGUGUCAUGAAGCCUUCUUACGUGCUAUCCAUGACUGCAUGAUUUGUUUUACCGAGUUUCCUGGAACUGAUUUCAUCAAACUUCCAUGCCAUCAUUUCUUCUGCUCGAAAUGCAUGCAAACAUAUUGUAAAAUGCAUGUCAAGGAAGGAACUGUAUUGAAGCUGCUAUGUCCUGAUGCAAAAUGUGGAGGUGUUGUUCCUCCUAAUAUAUUGAAAAGCCUGCUUGGGGAAGAAGAAUUUGAUCGUUGGGAAGGAUUGCUACUUCGGAGAACUCUUGACUCCAUGAGUGAUGUAGUUUACUGUCCAAGAUGUGAAACUGCUUGCUUGGAGGAUGCAGAUAAUGAUGCUGUGUGUUCAAGUUGUUUAUUCAGCUUCUGCACACUUUGUAGAGAUCGCCGUCAUGUUGGGGAAACAUGUAUGGUACCUGAAGAAAAACUGCUUAUUUUGGAGAAACGCCAAGAAGCAGGAGCAUUACAGGAAGAUCAGCUUAAGUUUCUGAAUGAACUGCGCAGCAUCAAGACAAUUAUGAAGGACUCAAAAAUGUGCCCACGGUGUAAGAUGGCUAUCUCUAAGACAGAAGGAUGCAAUAAGAUGUCCUGUUGUAAUUGUGGCCAGUACUUCUGCUACCAAUGUAACAUGGCGAUCGAUGGUUAUGAACAUUUCAGGGGUUCAUGUGUGCUUUUCCCUCAGGAAGAGAUUGAUAGAUGGGAAAUGCGAAUGAAUCCACGGGCCCAGCGCCAAGUUGUGGCACAAGUGCAAGCUGAAAUGUUUCGUCAAUAUGCUCAUCCAUGCCCUACUUGCCGGCAACCAUGUCCAAAGGUGGGAAACAACAACCACGUCUUCUGUUGGGCAUGCCAGAAGCACUUCUGUGCACUGUGCCGGAAACCCGUCCAUAAGACUUCACAACAUUUUGGUCCAAAAGGAUGCAAACAGCAUACUACAGAUCCCUGAUGAGAGGUUUUCUCGUAUCGUAUACGCAUCGCCAAAACUACCUUGACGACAGUGCAUAAUUUCAUAUUCUCCUUGCACCAAGGUGCAUUUUCUUCGGGAUUCCAAGAUUUGGCUGUUAGGCUUGUCUGAAGCCUCCGACCUACUUGUACCAGUAAAAGGCUCAAGGUCGACGAUUUAUAUCGGCGGAGAGAAUUUUUGCGUCGCCCAUUUUUUCAGCUGCGAACUUUUUGAGAAUACCGUGUAUAUUCAGGUUGCCUAUUCUCUUACAGGAGGAAAACUAACUCUAUCCAAAAAAAAAUCUUUCAAGAUUCUUUUUGAGAUUCCAGACUGUUCUGUCGUGAACUGUUGUGUACUAACAUAAGAUGGGAAUCUCAACCUCAAAUAAUUAUGCUUUUCAGUAAGAAGAUUUAC